UCUAGCUAAUAUGUCAUUCUUAUAUACAGCUGAUAAUGGUUAUUUAGUAAACUACAAUACUAAUUCCAAUCCUUUCAUACUAAUCACAACGGUUUGAUAAGCUUACGGUAAAAUGUAAGUACGACCUUAUUAGCUUCUGUCAAACAGUUACUUUUAUACUCAUGUAAUGGAGUAGUUAUGAUGUUGAUUAAAAAUUGGCUGUUUUUUACAAUUAGUUCUGUCUUUUUUAUAUACUGCGUGAAAAUUUCGGCAUCAUUAGGGCGUAUUGUUGGGGGUGUUAUAACUUCUGCUGAAGAACAUCCGUACAUGGUGUCUCUUAGAUUUCGUGAUAAACAUAUUUGUGGGGGUACUAUUGUAUCCAAUCGUUACAUCCUUUCUGCUGCACAUUGUCUUGUUAGAAUUUCGCCAUUUUUAUUCACCAUCAUAGCUGGAAUAAGUUCUCAACACGAAAUAGGUGACGUCUAUUUCGUUCACUUUCCAAUAGUCCAUUCCUUUAACAUAAACGAUGGCUCUAAUGAUAUUGCUCUUCUUAGAACAACAUCCAAUAUUAGAUUUCAUGAUAAAGUUCAGCCGAUUGAGCUUACUGAUGUAGAUAUUAAUGAAGAUAAGUAUCCAGUGACCAUGAUUGGUUGGGGCCGUCUUGAGUAUACCGGGCCAACUUCAGCGUACUUACAAAAAAUAGAUUUGAAUAUUAUUGAUAAUAUAACUUGUAAGCGAGAGUGGACAUUUAUAAAUGAAGGACAUAUUUGUGUGGCAACUACUUUUAAGCAAGGAAGUUGUUUAGGGGAUUCAGGUGGCCCGAUAAUUGCCAACGAUCGGCAAAUCGGAAUAAUUUCCUUUGGAAAAAUGUGUGCUGCAGGAAAACCUGAUGUUGCUACCAGAAUUUAUCAUUAUUUUGAUUGGGUUCGCAGCUAUGUUUUAUUUUAACUUGUAUAACCAAUAUAUAAAGAGAC